ACUGUCGAUAGUGUAAGGGUAAUGGCCGAAAGUGUAUGGUAAAUAAUGCGGUUGCGUUAUGGCUUUUCUUUGUCCUGUGAGAAUACGUCGCGGAAAGAAGAAGAAAACAUCAGGAGAUGCGGACAAGGACUUGGUUCGUACUCCCGGAAUGGGCCGCAUCACAGGAAGUGCCUCGAUCGAGACUUUGGUUCGAGUUGGAAUCGAAAAGGAGAACGGCCUGGCUCCAGAUAGCAAGAUGGUUGUGCUUCACGACUUCACACCCUGUGUUGAUGAUGAGUUAGAAGUGAAGAGAGGACAGGUGGUAAACAUCCUGUAUCGUGAAAAUGACUGGGCGUAUGUUAUUGCUGCAGACAGUCGACAGGAGGGGUUUGUGCCUCACUCGUACUGCACGCCAUAUAAUUCUCACUUGGGUGAGCUUGCAUUAAACAAUGUGAAGAAAAAGCUUCCCCGUGAACAGCAGCAGCGGACUGGAGGUGCUGGGACUGGUGGUGCAAAUGCAUCUUCAAAUAGUGGUGGAGGUGGCACCACUGGGAGCGGAGGUGCAGUAGUAGAUAAUCCUGUAGUGGUGACCAGUGAAGGAGAAGCUAUACAGGAAAGUCGGACUGGUGCCGACAUUUCAGACUGCGAGAGUUACGGGAACAAAAAAAAUACAGGUGCUACACAGCAACUUAAUAUAACAAGCUCUCAAGCUUCACUGCAUAGUGUGUCUUCAUCACAACCAGAUGUGCAUCCAUUUUUUAAGGAUCCAUCUGGCAGAUAUAUUGUGCUCUAUACGUUCAUAGCACGUGAUGAAAAUGAUGUUAGUGUGGAACGUGGUGAAUUCGUGACCGUUUUAAAUCGAGAGGAUCCUGAUUGGUACUGGAUAGUCAGGAGCGAUGGACAGGAAGGUUUUGUGCCUAGUGGGUUUGUCUAUCCAGCCCACAUAGUACAAGGGCAUCUGAAUCAGAGUAAUAAUCAAAAUGUGAACAACAAUUUUGCAUCACAAAGCAAUGCACAUCUACUCGCAUCACAGUCAAAUGAUGACUUACGUUAUCAUGGUACUGAACUUGUAAUGCUUUACGACUACAAGGCUCAAGCUCCUGAUGACUUAUCAGUUCGACGUGGUGAUUGGAUAUAUGCAGACCUCAAUAAUCAGACAGUGGAUGGUUGGCUGUGGGCAUAUGCUCCAAAAACUCGCAAGUACGGUUUCAUACCGAAAGCAUAUGCUCGACCACCAGCUAUGACAAGUCUAUAGAAAGAAUGGUCUACGAAGAAGUUUUACUCCAGCUGCCAUUAAAUUUAUUUUGUUUGUGUGUGUGUGUGUGUGUGUGUGUGUGUGUGUGUGUGACACAGAGAGAGAGAGAGAGAGAGAGAGAGAGAGAGAGAGAGAGAAGUCUUGUUAGGAAUAUGGUGAUAUACAGUUUUCACCUCACUGCUGUCUUCUCAUAUAAUUCCACUUUUUUUAUCACAAUUUUGUGGUUAAUGUAUCUUGCCAUAAUUUUACACUUAGUAAAAUUUCCAUUGCUGUCAAUGUAAAAGUGAUGGUCUAUGGAGGAAUGUUCUGAUUGUUUUUGUCUGUGUUUUGCUGUGCAAAGUAUGAGGCUUCAAAGUUAACUCUGUACGUGAAGAAGGCAGAUGUUUGUAAUGUAGAUUAACUCCAGUAUGAAAAUAAUCGAGAUGAUGUACCAUUUAUGUGAAAUGUGCACUAUUGUUGUACAUCACUAAUUCUGACUUUACAUCAAGAUGGUUUAGUCACAAAUGUUUGUCUUUAUGCAGAUUGUGUGUGUGUGUGUGUGUGUGUUUUCAUGCCAGAAUUUACUUGUACUGUUCGGUCUUUGUCUUGUAGUAGUGACUACCAGAACAUGCUUAACCUCACAGAUAUUAAGAAUUCAUUUUGUCAUGAGUUCAUACUAGGUUGGGAUUACUAAAAAAAUAACACAUAUUCAAAAUUGUUGUCCUUUUCUUUUGUUUUAUGUUCUCUCUCGUUUCAUUUGCCUUUGCUGAUUUAUUUUAUAUUUUCCUUUGGAACUUCUAUCACUGCUGUUCAACAUUUUGUCAACUGUUUUCUUGUCUGCAGUUUAUGAUUUGGGACCAGAAAAUAAAUGUAGCAUCUAUUUUUUUAAGUGAGAUGCAAACAUUGGAAAGAUUGUCACACUACAUGAGAGGAGACAAACAGAGCCUUAGUUCUUAGAAAAUGACUGUGUAAAAAAGUUCUGAUUGGGAACUUUUUGACUAGAAUGUUUGCUUUUGCAAAAUCUUCAACACCUUUCCUUUCAAAAUGUCCUUUUGUUUUCUUUGUUCGACUUUAUUUAAGCUUUCAAAAGUGGUUGUUCUGUUGAAAAACUCUAGCAUUUCCCCACUGGUGAACUGAAUGCGUCUCCAGUUUAAGAUGUUUUUGGACAUGAUUUGUCUUUUCCUACCCAAUUUGAUGAUUGCAGAAUGUGCAGCCUGUUAAUUCCAACCGUUGAUGGGCAUUCAUGGUCAUAUGGCGUGCUUGACAACACUACAGACAGAACUGAGAAGGCAUUUAGUGUAUAAGUAGAACCAAACAUAGGAUGCUAUAUUUCAAUGUCGGGGGAGAAUUUCGAAGCAGUUGAAAAAUGUUACAGAUUUUUUUUCCAGUUUCUAUAGCACAAUGUGUGGACACUAUAGGCUAUAAUGGCAGGUGGCCGUAGUGUUAACAAACUAUAAUUUUGGCUGCCACAGGAGAAGGAGUGGUGCAGGGAAACAAGUCUGCCUCCCUUUCACAGAGCGAAGCCUACAGCAGGACUGGUAUAUUCUCACAGGGAUCACCAAUCUUUUUUGGUGUUAUAAGGGUCAUAAUCAAAAUCAAUGAUGAACUAGCAUUAGUCACUCACUUAUUUCAAAAUAAAAAAAAAAAAUGAGCAAUGCACAACAUAAACACUUCAGGGGCAGCUACCAUGCUAUUGCUUGCUGAGGUUUCCUGAGUAUUGUUAAUGAUGUAGAUAUGGCCUGACCUCUAGCAGUAUUUGAUGCAACCACAGGUCAAAACAGCCACCACCUAAUUUGCCAUGUUAAAAGUGUCCAGAUUAUACCAUCUUUUCAGCUGAAGAUGUAUGCAUUUCUUUGUUAUAAAACGAUAGAUCUCAUGGCUGAGCACUACAUUGCUUUAUGCAGUGUGUAUCUAUAAUAGACAAUUCAACUACUUGCAGUUGUCAAGGCAUCAGAACAUUCAGUGCGUUGAUAUGUCGUUGCAUUUGUACACUUUUGAUUUGGCAAACAGGUUGUUACGCACAUCAUCUUUUGAAGUUUAACUUCAUGAGAUGGUGUACAAUAGCAGUAACUGAAAACUGGUUACAUUUUCGAUAUUUAUAUGCAGAAAAUAAAGCUAUUUCAAACUAUCUCUCAUGAAAUAGUUCAUCUGAAUACAAUUUGCAAUAAAAUAGUGUCCAUUAGGUAAUUCAAUAAAAUAGUGUUUUUUAGGUAAUUUUGUGUUUUUUCUUUUUUUGUAUUUUGAGGCAGCAUUUGUAUCUAUCUUGCAUUUAUUGCAAAAUGCAAUUUUUUCUGGUCCCUGUUUAUGUCAUUAGAAUUUCAGAUCUUGUCUGUUUCUCUUCCAUUUCUUUUCUAUUAUUUUCUGUGGGGUGUGGCAUUGUGAUUCCUGCAUUAAAAGUGAGUCCCUCUCGUAACUGUUUUUGCAAUGUUUUACACUUAUUUUUUUUGGUGCUCCUUCCCACAUUGUAUUAUCUCAGAAAAUUAAAUUUUAUCAUUUUUUUAUUUUCUGUUGUAAUUUCAAACUUCUGUGCAGUAAAUAUGGUUAUUUUGCAGCUUUAUUGGUUUGACUUUACUUAUAGCUAAACAAUACUGCUAACACAUUAUUGAUGUGGAAAGCUGUUUGACAAGUUGCAAAGAACUAAGUUUAUGUUGAAAUUCAGUGUUUGUGUUUGUUCAUUUAGUUUAGGACAUUGUCAAUUUAUACACAAAUAACUAAAAAUGUCCAGUGAUGAUAGACAUGUUUUUCCUUCAUCUUUGUCAAUCUCAAGAAGAAACUUCUCUUUUUUUAACAUUCUUUUUGUUUUUGACUAUAACAUCAUACUUAUGACAAUCUAUGGCUGCAGUAUGUUUGUAAACUCUUGAACCAAUAUUCAGUUAUAUUUAUUUUUAUUUUUAAUUUUCAUUAACAGAGCUACAUUCACAUCUCUUGCAUAGUAAAAAUCACACACGAAUAUCUAAAUUUCACAUGUAAGACUGUAAAAGUUCUGCACUGACAGUACCUGUUACAAAAUAUUUAAUUCAUUCGAAGUCAUGUAAUUUUUAUGAUUUUAAUUUUUUCAAGUGAAUAUGGUGACAUCAGAGGUGACUGAGAAGUUAAGACUUUAUUAUACAAGGACAAUUUGAAAAUAAAUAUGCAUGUAAGACAUGUAAAAUUAAGCUUUACUAGUUUGCAUGACCAUUUUGUGUUCAUGUAAAAAGAGAAAGGGAAAAAUGUAGGAAGGAGAAAGACAUAUGUUGUCAUUAUUUUAAACGUAUUGUUUUCAGUCAGAGAAUAUAAUUCUCUGUAUUGGGAAAAAUGAUUUCUGUAAGGUACCAUAAAAUUUUAUGUAUGGUUACUAAACCUGUUAAUUGUUUUUUGUAUAUACUCCCUUCAGGCUUCUAGAGAGGAGAGAGAAUGCUGUAACCUCAUAACUAAUUUAUCAUGGCAUAUAGAUUGAGAGUGACUCCUUUGCAUUGUUUGCUAUGCUGUGAAUCCUUCACUUUGGCAAAGUUCGGUAAAAUUUGAAACUUGGCACAGUAUGUUGUUGAAGGGGAUGGAAAAGGAACAGAAUGAAACUAUGGCAGUGAUUUUGAUUGUAUAUGAACAGAAACAUUACAGUGGCUGCAUUAAGGAUUUCAGCCUAAAUCUUUGCCUGUCUGGAGUCCAUUGUUUUCCCACUAUGCCAUCACACUGUUUUAAAAAUCAUCAGUCUAGAACAAUUAUAAAUGAGUGGGAACCUGUGCCAAUUCUCAUGACUUAUAAAAACAAAAAAGAUAAGUUUCCCAGAACGAAGUGAAAGUGAUCAUAAUUUGCUAAGUGUUGUGCUCAUAAAUAAAUAAAUAAAUAAAUAUAUAUAUAUAAUUUAAAAUAUAUCUUAUUUAACACCUGUUCUUCUAUUUGUACAUACGCUGAGUAAGAAAUAUUUUGCCCUCAAAAACAUUCUGAAAUGUUACAGUAGCAUUUAUAAUAACAGGCUGCCUCAGAAUAAGGCAUGAAAAGUAGUCUUUUUGACACUAAAAGGUGUGAAAUAAGAGGGGACAUCACAAAUAACUUAACUUGUCUGCAUUACUCAUGUUUAUCAGUAUUUCUGCUUGAGUUUAUUACAGAGAAAAAUGGACUGUAUGAGUGAAAGAAUAUGGUUGAGUACAAGAGGAAUGAGACGUUGUUCCAAGUAUGUUUGUGUGAGUGUGUGUACAUAGGGAAAUUAUUAUAAUCUGCCUAUAUUGCUCAAUAUUUGAAGCAUAUUAACUGCAAGUCAUUUCCGUGACCAGAUUUGUAAUUGUGAAGCUAAUUGUUAUAUAUGUAUAUAUUUUAAUGAAGUAAUUAUCUUUGUUGCAUUGUGGUUUGAGAAGUUUUCUAUUUGUACUUUAAUAGUUUAUAUUUAAAAAAAAAUUGUGUUUCCAUUUUGUAAGUAUUUUUUAAUGAAGUCAUCAAAAUGUUA